AAAAAUGGAGAUGCCAGAACUCCCCCGUAUGAGAUAUACAUUAGGGGAAGAGCCCCCCGCAGUGCAUAGCAUUUCGUAUCAUACUUGUUGGACGUUGCAUGCUGCUUUAAAGAAAGCUCUUCAUGAUGACAAAUAUGAAGAGCUGAAGGAGUCGAAGUUGGGAGUUUUCAUCAGGUUCCAAGAGCUAGGAUUUGAUUGGGCUACAAGGCUGGUUCACUACAUGCUCGGUUUCCAGCUGGACAUAAAGAAGAAGUAUGAGCUGUGGAGUCUCGUUGGUCCAGAACCUGUGAGGUUUUCACUGUUAGAGUUUGAAAACCUCACUGGUCUAAACUGCGAGUGCAUCGAGGACCUUGAGAGACCUCACUCUGUUGUUACAAAGGAGUUGACUUCUUUUUGGGAGAUGCUGGGAGUUCAUGUCGAAGUUGGGCCAUCUGCUCAGGAGAUAAUAGCAGCACUUGAGAGAUGCGAAGGGUAGUCUCGGGAUGAUCGCAAGUGGCUCGCUUACCUUGCCAUCUUCACUGGAUACAUUGAAGGGAGAAAAUAUUCAACCCCUACACGGGUUAGUCUGGCAAGGCUAGUGAUGGAGCUAAAACGGUUUGAGAAUUGUCCAUGGGGGAGAGUCGCGUUUAAGGUGUUGAUGGACUCUGUGAAGGGCAGAGAUAUUUCGGGUUGUUACACUAUUAAUGGGUUUGCGAAAGCUCUCCAGGUCUGGGUGUACACAACUCUUCCGGAAUUGGUUGCUACUUUUGGUAAUCCUCUCCCAAACAAUCCGUCUCCACCGAUACAAGCUUACAAGGAUUGCAAAGGACGCAGACAGUUUAAAGAGGCUAUCCUCAGUCAGACUAGGGUGAUCAACUUUGUUCAGAAGGACAUUGGUGAAAUGUUUCCAAAAUGGGAGUUUAAUGUUGAGGACACGCUCGCGGAGAACAUAAUUAAACUCAUGUUUGUGAAGAAACCGUGGAAGUGGACCAUGGAUUGAUGGGAAGUCACCGGUACUUGGGUCAAUACAAAGCCGGCGGUUGUGAGUCCAGCGAAGAAAAAGGUAGUGAAGGAAGACAGUCCAAGACCUCGGAAGAAAGCUCGUAAAGAGGCAGCUUCAGAGGCUAGUGAAGAGGUAGCUGCAGAGGCUAGUGAAGAGGUGACUACGACUGUUGGUGGGUUGGCCAAAGAGGAUAUUAAAACCAUGUUCAAGGACAUAGCUGAUGCCAUGAGGGCAGGGUUUGAGACGUGCCUUAAGGAGAUCAAGUAUCUGUCGGAAAGGGUGGAAGCUGUGGAGAAGAAGGUUGGUAUCUCCACAAAACGGAAAGGGACAUCAUCUCAAAACACUACCUCUCCACCUAAACCGACGCUCGAACCCGGGAGUGAAAGUGUUAAUGGGACGAACGCGGGAAGGAAGAGCUUGGCGGAGGAUAAAGGUCCAGAUGUGCCCGCAGCUGUGCCCGCAGAUGCUAGUUCCUCGAAAGAUAAAACUCCAGAACCGAGCCUUGUUCUAUUGGACAAAAAUCAACCCACUGUUUCGGAUUUACAGAAGGAGGAUGCUAGAUAUCAGGAAAAGAAGGAUGCUGCUUUGGCACUUUUCCGUGCAAAGAGUGAUCGAACAAGGAAACCUUCUGCCUCACAGCAAUCUCCUUAUACGGCAAACAGCACGGCUAGAGUGAUCAUUUCAAAUAGAAAGCUUUAUCCAGGCUAUAAUCCUUUUGCACCAAUUGACAAGAAGAAGUUGAAGGAGCUCGCUGAUUGGUUGAAAACUUGUCCUCAUUAUAGAACAGCUCUCGAUAAAAAACCACGUAAAAAUAGAACUUGGUGGUAUCAAAUCCUCCGAACCUCCUUAGAGUGGUUGGAGGACUGUCAUAUUGAUGUUUGGAUUAAUGUGCUGAGGAAGAGGUACGACGCUAACCCACAACAUUUCAGGAGCGAUAUAAUGUGCUUCCUUGAUCAUCUCUUUGCUCAGCAAUGGAGAUUCAACUUCAAGGAUUUUAAGGACUCAGAGCCCGAUCAGAACGGUUUAGGAAGAAGACUCCCUGGUGGGGCGUGGAAUUAUUAUGCAGGCAUUAUGCCAUCAUUUUGCCAAUCAAACAAGGUUUGGGGGACGGAUAUUGAUGAUAUCUAUGCGCCAGUGAACUUCGCCGACACUCAUUGGAUUGCUAUGUGGAUAUCGAUCCCUAAGAGGCACAUAGUCGUCUUUGACAGCAUUUGUUCCAGUAUCUCCCCAGAAGAACUCGUUGUGGUAACAGAGCCUUUUCUCUACAUGGUCCCUUAUCUGCUUGUUGAGUGCGCUUCCUCAGACGAACAACAUGCCCAAUACAGCCUGGAGCCAUUCACAUAUGAGAGACCGGCCAAUAUACCUCCGGCCCGAGCUGGUGAUUGUGGCGUGUACACUCUAAAGUACAUUGGAUGUCAUGCUCUUGGGAUAGAGUUUAGUAAAAAAGACUUUGCUAUGGCCAACGGGAAGAGUAUGAGGGAUAAGAUGGCGGUGGAUAUAUUUCAAGAGCUUCCUGACGCACAUGAGUUCGAAAACAAGGACAUGGAUAACAACCUGGGUGCGUAUGACGGGUGAUUAACAUGCCACGUUAGAUUAUUUUGUAUGAUAGAUUAGGCUGAUGUGUGUAUUUGAACUUGAUCCCUAUUUUGUAACUAUAUUCUGCGCAGAAGGCUUACAGUUAAGUCGUCUGGAAUGUCGGACGACUUAACUAUAAGUAGUCUGGAAAGUCUUCUGAGAAGUGACCUUUUGUAACUAUAUUUCGAAUAAUAUAAAGGGCAAGACCAUCUCAAAUU